UGUCACUGCGAGUGUAGCUCUAACAAUUGUUGUGUUUACUUUUGGAACGUGACUUCAACGGUUCGCGAGUCCGUGAUUUCGUUCGUUUUACAAUAAUAAUGGUAAUUAUUACGUGAUUGACCGGGCUUGUGAAAUUGAAAAUUGCGUCGACUAACAGCAAUUUCUGAAGAUGCGCAUCAAUACCGCAAUUCCUUCUUCAUUAACCGGUAAUGUUGCCAUUGAUCUGCCUUCGGAAUCGGCGGAACAGAAAUUGAUGUUGCUGAGACAAUUCUACAGUUCGCCUUACUUGAAUGACACCUUUAUGGUUGGUUGGUCCGGACCUGGAUUUAUCAAUGAUGAUGGACCCUCAACGGCAUCCGAUUUUGAUUGCUACGGGAUUACUGAAAUCGCCAGUUCGCAGCUGGAACUGGUCCCAAUGGAAUGUUGCAUACAGCAAAGGAGUACAAGAAUCAAUCGUUCAGAUUGUUACUGUUCAAGUCUCCGUUUUGGGACAUGGUUGCCCAUUAUGAAAUCUCGGGUUCACUGAAUGGUCUAGAGCAGAAAAUUCUUUAUUUUUGAUCUCUGGAAAUCCACUGUGACCCGAGCAAAAAUUGGUUAUUUCUGUACUUUUCGGUAGUACUGUGAAG